AUGGGCGAUUUACCUUCUACUCGAUUAAUGCCCACGAGACCAUUUUUAAUAGCUGGUUGUGAUUAUGCCGGACCCUUCUUAUUGCGCGAUCGCAGCACUAGAAAUUUUAAAUUGGCUAAAUGUUAUAUUUGUCUUUUCAUUUGCUUUUCAACUAAAGCUGUCCAUUUGGAACAGGUGAGCAGUUUGUCAACCGAAAUUUUCUUAUCAGCCUUACGUAGAUUUUUUGCAAGACGCGGGAAAUCUCAAAUAAUAUAUUCUGAUCACGGUACCAAUUUCCAAGGUGCAAAAUCAGAACUUUAUAAAUUUCUAAUGAAUAAGACGGUAGAAAACGAUAUUAAAACCAAGCUAUCAAAUGAAUCUGUUAUGUGGUCUUUCAUACCACCACGUGCUCCACAUUUCGGUGGAUUGUGGGAGUCUAAUAUAAACUCGGUUAAAUCGCAUCUUAAAAGAAUUAUCGGGGAACAAUCCUUGACAUACGAGCAAUUUUCUACAGUGCUUUGUCAGGUUGAAGCAUGUCUAAAUUCCCGACCCCUUUCACCACUUUCAUCCGAUCCCAACGAUUUGAUUCCUAUCACCCCGGCCCAUUUUCUGAUCGGAGAAACACUUAUGAGUCAACCAGAACCGGAUUUGACAAAUGUCAAAGAAAACUUACUGUCAAAGCUGCAGCAAUGUCAACAGAUGGUUCAGCACUUUUGGAAUCGAUGGUCCAAGGAAUACAUAUCGGAGCUGCAGAUCAGAUCAAAGUGGAAGCAAUCCUUUCCCAACGUCAUAAAGCCUGGUAUCCUUGUAAUUGUCAAGGAAGAUAAUACUCCUCCUCUAAAGUGGCAACUUGGAAGAGUGGUAGGAGUGCACCCUGGAGCCGAUAACGUUAUUACAGCCGUAUCUAUUAAAACGUCAAGGGGAACCAUACAAAGACCAGUCAUGAAAAUUUGUGUCCUACCAGAACACUGUCAAGCAGAGAAGGUUGAAGCCUAA